GCCUUUUUGUUUAUCGUUUUUAAUUUUUUCCUGAUUUUUGAAAAUAUUGUUUCGCGUCUACAUUACGCCCAAAGCCUCCUUCGGCGUCAUUUGAGCAUACCUCCUUCAUCUCUCCGUUAAUCUCCCUUUGUCUCUUCUUUUUAAUCUUCUUCUCGACCAGCUAGGAAGGGCACCUGAUUUUGUGUCUUUCCCAUCAGUUUUUGGCCCUCAUUCGGACUCUGAUUGGCCUUUUAAGAUUGUGAACUGCUACUGGUAACGCAUAAUUACAUAUUGGGGAAAAGGCAUUCUUGACUCUUGAGUUUGUGAGCUUCUUAAAAAUGCAGCAAGAUUGUGUUUCCGAGCGGCCUUUGUUUGGGGGUGCUGUCACUAGCACGUUUCCUCAUAGGCUACAGGAUUUGAGCAACAUUCGUCAAGUCCCUGAUCACCAGGAGGCAUUUGCAGAUCCUGCCCGUGAUGAAAGCUUGAUAUUCGAGCUGCUAGAUUUGAAACGAGAUGUUAGUGAUAAUGAAAGUGCAGUCUGGUUUUUUCAAGACCUCAUGACUGAACAGGAUGCAGGAAAUUUGGGAAUGGAAGCUGUUGAGCAGCCCAGGAUGGUCUAUUAUGGAAAUAUGCCGGCAGUCAUGACUAAAGCUGUUGGCCAAAUGGACAUCUCUAAAGGACGACAAGGAAGGGAAGCACAAAAUAAAGUCAAGGUAUUUUUAGCAAAUCUACGUCUUAAAGGAGCUGGAACGGAUGUGCUAAUCACUGCUUACGAGCCCAUUUUGAUAAACCCUUUGAGCGAGAGCGCAAGCACAGUGGGCGCUGGUUUUGCGGUUCCUGCCGCGCAGUGUGGAUGUAUGCCAAUGGCUGAAAUUUUUGAACUUGCUGUCUCUACUUUCAAAGUCCAUGACUGGAGCCUUUUCGGAACUGGUUCUUCUUGAGAAGUGUCACAGGGAGUUUAUGAACAGGUAAAAAAAGCUCCUGGGCUUCUUGAAGAAAAUGCUCGGGCGCAGGUCCACGGCUGUCUUGAAAAUUAAUCUUCUCCUUCUGUUGUUCCUCACAUAAACAUUUAUUCCGAUUAUGUUGUUGUUGCUUGCUUUUAUCAGUUGUGGUAUAGGAUUACUCCCACACCCAUGUGGGAAUUUCGAGAAAUAUCAUCUUCUACCGUGGGUUUAGGAGUUGUACAGAUGUUUCUCAUGGAGCCAUCUUUGGGAAGCCUACUUGCAUUCUUGUCAUGUUUUCCGAAGAGAACAAAUAGGUUAGGUCAAGAAAAAGAAAAACGAUUUUGUGGUUCUUAUUAUUUUAAUGCACAAAUUUUUGCUGUUA